GGAUCUAUUGCCGUCAAAAGACCUCCAAGCUAGAGAACCGAAAAACUCUGUGCUAGGGUUUUGCGAAAGUUCCGAUCUAGUUAAGCGAUUAGGUUGUGGGGAAAUUAUUUUUUGUUAAUUGAAAGAUGGCUCGGGCCUUGAAGUACACCUUUAGCGAUUAUGCGAGGAACGCAGUGAGUAGAGAGGCCUUGCUCGAACCGACUAAGCUCCAGAGAGAGAUGGAGAAAAAUGGCAAGAGUCAGAGGAAGAAAGAGAGAAGGGAGAUAAGGGGACAAGGGCGUAAAGAGAAGGAUGAGUCCAUACCUGGUUAUGUUACUCUUCACAACGUGAAAAGCCUUGAUGACAAAAAGUGUUUCCAGCAAAAGAAGGGUAAAAAAGGGGAAGCAAAGGGAUGGUGUCCGCAAAAAAUUGAACAUGAAGUUGAUCAACUGGAGAGAAGUGACAUUACGAACGAACAUGGGCUGCCAACCUGUAUUGAGAACAAUUCCUACUUGUCUGAUGGAACCCAAAGCAGCAAGAAAAGCAAGAACAAUUCCUACUUGUCUGAUGGAACCCAAAGCAGCAAGAAAAGCAAGCCUUUGAUCGUGCGCAUUAAAUUGCUUAAGCACAGCGAACCAAAUGCCUCACUUGCCUGCUCUCCUUCUGGAAGGGUAGAUUUGCUUCCUCCAGAGAGAACGGAAGUUGUUCUUGCACCCAGUCAACCCAGUGCAGAGACAAAUGUAGAACUCAGGCAGGUCUCUUCAAAACCUGACCAAGAUUUACCCUGUUCAACAUCAAAGGGGGUCGAAACUAUUGGUCAGAAAAGAAGUGCGAGUGCUGCAUUUGAAGAUCAGAUUCAGAGUGAAGAUUCACUCUAUGCAAGUCUGAUUGAGAAUUGGAUCCCUCCACCGAUUCAGUUUGCCGAUGUUGGUGAUGGUGAUGAAGAAUGGCUCUUUGGGACGAAGCAUCAAAACAGAUGUGGGUCCAAAAGAUUUAAAGCUGCUAACAAUGAGGUCUCCAGUUGUACAAGGAGCACGCUGUGGCCACAAGCACAGUGGUUGUUGGAGGCUGGUGUAUAUGCAUUACCCUUCACGGUUCCAUUCUAGUUUCUCGUACAUUUCAAAUGCGUGCCUUGAGAAUUGCAAAUGCUGCUCAACAGAUGGCCAGUUGUUUUUUACUGUGCCAGAUUGAAGUCUGAACAAGUCAGUUGUUUUUUACUGUGCCAGAUUGAAGUCUUUCAUUCUAUGUUGCUACCGAGUUGUAUAAUUUAAGGUUGAUUCAUGAUUUUUGCAUCAGGCACCUCUCUACUUCUUUGAGAAAGGAAACCCCCAGAUUACAAGUGCUGCAAUCCAGGGAUUGGUGAAGUUAAUUAAAACUGAGAUGCAAAGCGACUCUACAAAUGUGAGUCCAGCCCCAGAUGCAUUUUUCAGCAGCACAUUGCGGUACACACAGUUCCAGAAACAGAAAGGUGGGGUAAUGGGCGAGAAAUAUGCCCCUAUCAAGGUCUGACUCUGGGUUAAAGAGAUUGUCAUAUUUGAGGACAUUAAAGUUUGGGGUUGAGAGGAAGAACGAUGAGGAGCACCGACGUGUGAGCAUAGUCUAUGAAAAAUGCCCCUGAAUCCUAAAUGAGCAGCAGCUAUGUGCAGAUUCUUUUCCUCUUUCCCUUUAGGCAGUUGGCGCGUGUUAACAGGACAAAGUCCUCCUACCGUGCAAAAGCUCUACGUGAAGUUUGGGAUUGACAUUGCAGAGAAGCUUGUUAUUUUAUUUCUUUUCUUUUCUUUUUCUGGGAAAUGAUAUUGUUAGAUUUCAAGUUGAGUGGAGAUCUGAAGAAAUUGUAUGAUGUAUAAUUAUUGUUGUUACAUUCAAAUUAUGGAAAGCUUGGUAUUGGAUAAACAGGGGCGUAAACGUAAAUAAUCCUCUCAUUUUCUUUCUG